GUUCAGAGAAAGAAGAAGUCAUGGCAAGAACCAAGCAGACAGCCCGUAAAUCCACCGGAGGCAAAGCCCCCAGGAAGCAGCUGGCCACCAAGGCUGCCCGUAAGAGCGCCCCGGCCACCGGCGGCGUGAAGAAGCCUCACCGUUACAGGCCCGGUACCGUGGCUCUGAGAGAGAUCCGUCGCUACCAGAAAUCCACGGAGCUGCUGAUCCGCAAGCUGCCCUUCCAGCGCCUGGUGAGAGAAAUCGCUCAGGACUUCAAGACCGACCUGCGCUUCCAGAGCUCCGCUGUCAUGGCUCUGCAGGAGUCCAGCGAGGCUUACCUAGUCGGCCUGUUCGAGGACACCAACCUGUGCGCCAUCCACGCCAAGAGGGUCACCAUCAUGCCCAAGGACAUCCAGCUGGCCCGCCGCAUCCGCGGAGAGAGGGCUUAAACUGCUGCUGCUCCACAAACCACAACGGCUCUUUUAAGAGCCACCUCACUCUUCACUGAAGGGCCCAUUCCUCUAAUGCCUUGUUUACCGGUCAAUAAUCUGUUCUCUGAAUGACCUGAAUAAUCUGUAUAUGUCCUCUUCCAUAGAUUAUAUAAUAAGAAAUAAUCUUUUUAUUUGAAAUUAUAAACCAAGGAUAUUUUAGUACAUUAAAAAAUGCAUACAUGUACAAAGUGGUAGUAGUAUUUUACAGUGUGAAAUGUGCAGUUGUAUGUGUUGAAAUGCAUUUACCUAAAGUACUGUUUAGAUAAAGGCCUUCUCCACCUGAUUUGAUUUAACUAUGGAGAGUCCUCUAUCUUCAACAGAAGUAUUUCACUUUGUCAGACUGGUUAAUAUCCUAAACAGAUACUCUUCCAUUUACUGCUCAAAACAUAAUUUUAUAUUUGUAUAAAUGUUAUCUUCCUCAACUCUUCAAAACCUAGCAUCUCAAUGGCUCAAUUAUUCAGCAUAUAGGCCAACAGAAGUAGCCUUAAUAUUGGUACAUAAAUUGAUGUUAUGUUAUUAUUUGAACAAAGCUCUAACCUAGACAGUAUGUUAAUAAUUGGGGGUUUAAAAUUGCCCAUUGCUUUAGAAGAUACCGCAAUGAGUUAGUUUGUACUCGAGUCUGAAGUUAAUCUUGUUGAUCUGCAACUUUGCAAAGCUGAGGAAACUUCUUUAGAAGAAUGUGAGCAGAAAAACAAGGCAAAACAACGGCCUAUAACUAUUUAAAAGUGAAAUGGUGGUGUUAUGACGCUGAGAUCUAAGCAACAUACUGUGCUGUCUUUUAAUUUGUCAUCAAUCUGCAUUCUCUGUGAACUGAUGGAAUUUUAUAAAUGAUUCUGUUUUAAAUGAGGAAAGAAGAAUUUAAUCCGGCCAAUAAUCUCUUCAAUUCCAAAAACCAAUAAAGGCUUGUAUUACC